UACAUUCCUCCUUGUACGGCCCUAAUUACCGUCAUCAUUCCUUCUGUUUUCCUUUUGUCUUCUUCUUCCUCACCAUUACAAAAUCAUAUAUAUAUAUAUAUAUAUAUAUCUGUAUACACAAUUCCUUGUUCUCUGGUUCUUUUUAGGUCUCAUGAUGGUGGAAAGUUCUGCUGGAGACGAUGGUUCCACCAAUGUCUGGGAUGAUGCUUGCUUCAACGCCAUGUUUUCCGGCGUAAGUCUUCAGUCGUUUCUCGCCGGUGGUAAUCAGAAUCAUUGUCCCUUGUUGUUGCCGUCUCUGUUUGGAGGAGGCUACAUUUCCGAUGCGCUUACUUUCCCCGAUGCUUCAACGUCGUUGUAUCCUCAGCCGAGCUCUAACUUCGUCGCUGAAAGUAUUGAAUCAUCCGAGCCGAUGAAUGUGUAUGAACAAACGGCGUUUGUUUUUCAUGCUUCGACGUCGUUUCCUCACUUGCCGGACCUGCGUUCUUUGGGGCAAUGUUCGUCGUCGUUUAACAAGCGUGCUCGAGUCGAUUCUGUGUGGAAUCCGUUGCAGAUGGUGGAGCCGAUGAUGCGAGAGUGUGAGGUAAGUAGCUCCGCUGCUGUGUCUCGUACUGUUCAAAUUCCUCGCAGCGCAUUAGCUCGACAGCGUCGGCAGAAAUUGAGCGACAAGACGCGUUGCUUGCAGAAGCUACUGCCGUGGGACAAGAAGAUGGAUAUCUCUACAAUGCUUGAAGGAGCGUUUAAGUACGUCAAGUUCCUUCAGGCGCAACUCCUUGCUCUUCAAUCCAUGCCUUGCGAGUCGGCCAUUUCUACUAAUUCGAAUCAUCACAUAAGCGGCGUGUUUGGUGGAUUGGAGAGGCUGAGCAGAAACCAACUAUUGCAAGUUUUGGUUAACUCGCCGGUCGCUCAGACGAUGCUUUGUUCGCAGAGUUGUUGCGUUUUCUCGGCAGAACAGUUGGGGCUUAUCCAGAAGAUCGCAGAGAAAAGAGUUCUUCUGCAGCAGAUCUCAACGUUCCGACAUAAGCCCUAGGUUUCCGAUCAAUUUCCGCCGUCGGGUUGUUCAGCAAGGCGGCGCGUCGGUUGCAUGGAACUGACCUCCACAGCAGUUCGCCCAUGAAAGAGAGGCUGGUUAUCGACUCCGAGAGUGAGGUACUCCUGGUUCCUGGUUC